ACUCAUACAUUUCCAGAUUUUGAUCCGUGCAGUAAUAAAAGCUCUGUCCCAAACUGGCGAAACAAUGGCACUUACAUUCUAAAUAAACUGGGUAUGGAGACUACACAGCAGUGCAAACAGGCAGACUGGAUGAAAAGCCACAUGAAUUAUUCAUUUUCAGAUGCAUUGAGCUGUAGCACAGGUGGAACUGAGGAGGAACAAGAUGACUUUUUUUGUGAUGGAGAUGUAGAAAUAACACAUAAAUAUAAUAAUAAUUUAUAUCAUUUGAAUGACUGUAUAUGUACAAAAGAUAUUUCUGGUAUUCUAAACCUAACCUGUUCUGAAGAUAACAAAUGCACAACAGCAAAUGAUGCAGCUCAUCCACAGCCUGAAGAGUUCUCCAGUGACCACAGAGGCACCAAAGGAACAACGGGAGUUUCAGCUGAACUGCCUGGAAGUGAAGCUUCCUUUAAGAAGGAAUUCCCUGUCGGCAAUUCCAGUAAACCAGACAGCAAAGAACAUUUAACUACCUCAAAGAUGUCCAGUGUCCUCCUGCGUCAUUUUUCUGAGGGAGAGUUACUGAGCACCUGCCAGUUCAUUGAAUGUGAGACGAUACCAGAGACGUCCUUCACCGACAGUAUCGAUGACACUGGGAGCAAACCUGAGCCUUCAGAACACCUCCCAGGCCCUUCAGAGCAGGAACAGUGGGCAACUACCUUUGAAGAGCAUCACUCAGAAAAGCACAGAGAGGGAAACUCCAGUGGUGAAAAUGAAAACGUGUUCAGUGACAAUAGACCUGUUUCAAAGAAACCUGUUUCUUGCACUUGUAACUGUGGGUGCAGGCAAGAAAAUUCACAGCUGAUUAAUGAGCAUGAACAUACAUACACCUUUCAAAACAUGAAAGAUGAGAGAGGCCUGUUUAAGAAAACAGUUUCACCUUGCAAGCUUCAAUAUGGCCAAGGUCAUGCUCACUAUUGCCUGCCUCAUUUCUAUGAAGUUGCUUCAGAAGUAAAAGUACCAAAAAGAACUGACAGUAUUAACUCAGUUGCUACAACUGGGAGAGAAAAACCCUUCCCUAUUUUGCUAAGUAAAUCAGUAACUGUGAACAACGUGCUGGAAAAUAAGAAUUACUUCAAUUCUGCUGAAGCAGAGAAUCAAGAAGAAAUGAGCAUUUCAGAACUGCUGCAACAGCUAAAGAUGCUGACACAGCAUGCUGACACCCAGAAUCAUAUUGAUCACUUGAGAUUUAAUCCCAAGAUACUUCCUCAGUCAGACUUUCCAAAUGCCAGCACUGCCCUUUCCUCAGGAGACACUGGGACAGCACGUGCCAUCAUCACAGUAGAUGCUCCCAUCCCUGUACAAUCUACACAUGGUUUGCUUAAAGCAAGAUUGUGGUCUGGAACAGCAGCAUCAGCAUUACCAGCAGCUGGGAUGGUAGAGGGACAGUGUCCAAAUCCUUCUAAUUCACUGCCAGAACUAACCCUAGGAGAAAAGAUGUCUCAAAUACUAAAGGACCAGACAGAUCAACUGACAAAGAAAGUAGAAGAGUUCUCUACGCAUAUGACCCAAGAAACAUUCUUUUUACAAGACAAAUAUCUGGCAUUAAAUCAACUGAAAAGAUACCUUGAUGCCUUGGAAAGGAAUUACUUAACAGCUAGAGAAAAGCACCGUAACUUACAGCUGCAGAACUUCAAGGACAAGUCUGUCAACAUUGGAGAAUUUGAUCCUGACAGAAGGGUGGAAGGGGGAAUAUUUAGACUUGGCAUGCUGCUUGAAGACAUUCAGGAACAAAUGGAUCACAGCAAACACAGCCUGGCAUCUUUGCUGACUUCCUACGAAUCUGCCCCUUCAUCACAUUCUUUUUGUGAGAGCUCAGUGCUUUCAAGCAUUGCUGAUCCUGCAGAAAGAAGAGGUACAGAAACUCAAUUUCUUCACAAGAACCAUGAGGGAGAAAAGAGUCUGACAACUGAUGUAAUCCCAGAGACAAAUCAACUUUAUUUGGAAGGCAAAAAGUGCUAUUUUUGUCCUCACAUAAAUAUAAACAUCCAGGAAAGAAAAACUGGAACAUCUUCACUCUUCAGUCAGAGAAGACCAACUGAUUUAUCAGAUACCAACCUGAGCAGUGAUUCAGAAGACAUCUCAGCCUACGAUUCUUAUAGUGAUUCACAAGGAAAGGACCUUGUCAACUGUGACAUUCAGAAUUACAAAUCGUUAAGUACGAGAUUAUGUGGAGAGAGAAAAGGACUCGGGUGCAGAUGCCCCAGGGGAAGCAGAGAUCAAGUUAAACUCAGGAAUUACAAAGAGUCUAUUCAGUCUUGUGCUCUAUGUAGAAAUAAAAGUUCUGGUUCAUGCUCUUAUUCACAGAAAAGAAUCUGCACAAGAAAGGCUCAAAAAAAUAAACAGCCACGUGAACCUGUAAACAGACUUUCUGAAAGGGAAUCCUUUGAGGCUGCCAAAACCUGCUGUUCAAGCACAUGCAAUAAAAUUCUUGUUUCACAUCAGUACAUCCCCAGCAAGAAGUUUGCCCAAAGCAAAUUUGCAAUCAGAAACGCCAAUGAUGCCAAUGCAAAUAUUUUAAGUAACACUCUGGACCAUGCCUUACAGACAGCAAACAGUCUGAAGAAAGCCACAGAACGAAUGGUGCGAGCAGUUUCGGCAGAUCUAGCUCAGGUCAAAAGGAAACAGCUUUAGUUACCCCGUUUCAAAUGCUGUGUUGUUUUGUUGGUUGAUACUGAAGUGUGAGGAUCUCUGCAAAUGUAAAGUGAUGAAUACAAAUAACCAAAAAGUCAGCUUUGUCAGCUGUUCCGUAACUGUUAGUAUUAAACCACACCAGAGCAUAAAGGUAUUCCACAAGUUUAUGCUCAGUCUCAGAACUCUAAAACAAAUUACUAAUUCUACUGGAAGUUUUUAGUAGGUUGGCUAAAGGUACCUUUCUCUAAGUAUCCAUUGCUGUGUACAAGUACCUUUCUCUAAGUAUCCACCUAAGGUAGCUUAAUAAAAAUUGGCUGAAACAAAGAAAAUUAAAUUUCUGACUUUGAUUCCCCCAUGCUCCCAAGUGUGAGAAUAAACCUCAAUCAUUAUUAGAUAUAAUUUCUUCCCACAUUUUAACAGCAGCUGCUUAAACACACCAAAACAGCGUCUGGACCUGAGAUAUGUACCUGCAAACAUCACACUAACAUACCAAGUAAUAGUUAACAUUU